GUCGCCUGAGUUUAGUGCAGGGGGCAUCUCUGCGAGUGAACAGACUACGCUCCUCAGAUGAAGGCUGGUAUUACUGUCGCAUCCUGUUCCUCACUCAACCCUAUGAUUCUCACAAUGGCAGCUGGAUAUACCUCUCUGUCUCCACCCCACCCAGCUUGAGGAGAACUCCACCCCCCGUGUUGGAAAUUCUACUGGGGGAGCCGGCACACCUGAGAUGUGAAGCAGGAGGUCGCCCCGAGCCGCUUAUCAGCUGGUCCAAGGACGGGCAGAUGCUGCCCCCACCUGCCGGAAGCCCCGAUGGGCAGAGGUACCAGGUCACCAACGGAAGCUUGAAGAUUGAGGCUGUGGAUCGAGGCAGUGCCGGGAUCUAUACAUGCGAGGCCAGGAGCGAAGAAGGAGCGGUCACACACAGCACAAGACUGCUCAUCCAGGGUCCACCAACCAUCAUCCUGCCUCCCGGAAACGUGACGGUGAACUACACUCAGGAGGCCCGGUUCUCGUGCCGGGCCGAAGCCUACCCGGGCAACCUCACCUACUCCUGGUUCAAGGACGGAGUCAACGUCCAUCACCACAGCUCGCUCCAUAACCGCGUGACGGUCCUGUCCGAUGGGAGCCUCCUGGUGCGAGACACUGUGCCUCAGGACUCCGGAAGUUACACCUGCGUCCCCAGCAACGGGCUGGCAUCGUCUCCCAAAGCCUCGGGAAUCCUGAGCAUCUUCUACCCCGCCUAUGUGCAGAACAUGCCCAGACUCACGGUACUGCCCGUGGGCAUGCAAGGACACAUCGCCUGUCCCGUGAUGGCCAACCCCCCUCUCCUCCACGUCAACUGGACUAAGAACGGAGCCGCCCUGGAACUGAACAAGAUUCCAGGCUGGUACCAGGACAGUGCUGGUACGAUUGUGAUUGCCAUGGGGAAUGAUGAUGCUCUUGGGGAAUAUACCUGUACCCCGUACAACAGCUAUGGGACACUGGGGCAGUCCAGCCCCACACACGUAAUAUUAAAGGACCCCCCAAGGUUUGUUAACAGACCCGCCAAGCGAUAUGAGCAGGAGGUCGGCCGGGAACUCAGGAUCAGCUGCUCAACCACAGGAGAUCCAGAGCCUGUAGUUACCUGGAACAAGGCUGGGGGCUGCUCUCGUUGCCCCUUCCAGGUGCUGGCGGAUGGGACCCUGUGCCUGCGCAGUUUGCGGAAGUGCCACCACGGAGACUGGGCGUGCGAGGGCCGCAACAACCUGACACACAUCACAGCCUGGACCACGGUGCUGGUGCUCGGAACCAGCCCCCACGCCGUCCGCAAUGUGACCGUGAGGCCGGAUGUCUUCGCCAUCACCGUGUCCUGGGAGCCUGGCUUCGGUGGUGGGCAGCCACAGCAGUUCACCGUCUGGUUCAGGCAGAUGACCCAUGGACCCCACGAUUGGAUCAUUCGGAUGGUUCCCACCGGUAACUCCAGCCUGCGGGUGGGUGGUCUCUGGCCGGACACUGAGUACCAGUUCAGUGUCCUGGCCCAGAGCGAGCGAGGGAGUGGCCCCUUCAGUCCGAUUCUCAACAUCUGGACCCUCGGCGUUCCCAUGACGAUGGCCACUCCAGCGACAGCGUGGGCCAGCAUCCUCCUUCCACCGCAGGACCUGACAGCCAAUCGGACGGCGCGCGGGAUCUUGCUGUACUGGGUCCCUCCACCACCGCCCUCACGCCUCCCCCUGGGCUACCUCCUGGAAUACCGCCGGGCGGGCAACUGGGCGGUGCUGCACAGUGCGAUCCCAGCUCAGCAGAACCAGCUGCUUCUGAAAGGACUCGUCAAGGAUGUAUGUUACCAGCUUCGAAUGAUUUCACUGAGUGAGGACCUGGUCAGUGAACCGAGCAAUAUCAUCAACGUCUCUACCGCAGGCAUGUCCAGCUACCCCGAUGGCAACAGGAUAUUGGAGCCUCUGUCGCAUCCUGUGAGGGCAGGGAUCAUCGCUGGGGCCUGUUUCCUGGCAUGUGCUGUCAUCGUCAGUGUCCUGGUGUCAUACAUCAUGAAAAUGAGGAGAGAAAGGAGGAGGCAAAAUUCUCCCAUCAUUUUCAGCCGCUUCCAGAAGGCACCAAAUCUGGACAGGCGGUCGGACAGCCCGGACAGUCUGCUGAAGCUCAAGUUGGAGAGCUCGCUCUACGAGAGCCUCGAGCGGGUCUCCGUGCCUCCCCGCGGAGGGGGGGUGGUCGAGGGGAAGCGCGCUCGGCACGAGGCCCACCCCGGCCGCCUGGAGACCAUCCGGCGGGGCCCUGACGGACGCUUUGUGGUGCCGAGGGAGCUGGGGUCCGGCCGCUGGCGCCCCUCCUCGACUGGCCCGGGCCCCGCGGCCAAGGGAGGCCUAGGCCACAGGCUCCGUAGGCCGGGACCCCCGGGGGAGGAGGAGGUGGGGCGGGGCCCUCCCCCGGGUCUCGGGCCUAGCCGGGCAGGCUUCGCC